AUGUGUGCGCUGUUUGCUUCUGUACUCGAUGGACUUGAGAUCCCUUUCUUGGCGAGCCUGAGCCUCAUGAAGAAACUUAACGUCAUCCUUGAUUUGGCAAACCAGAAGGCCUAUGUGGGACUCCUGGGGUGCACCGUGGACCUCCACAUGAUCCAAGGACACUUGUGCAUCAAGCUUUCUGAGUACCCUGCUGAUGUAAAGUUUGAGUGGCAUGAGCAAGAUUGGCACGAUUGUGAGUUUCUUUGCAACAGUCAGCUCUUGAACAAACUCACAACCACAGCGCAUGCAGCUCAAGAUAGUCCAUCAGUUCCUCAAUCUGAUAGCGAGCCUCAACGUGAUGCUUGCAACUCCUCCCGGCGGCGUAUGGUCAAGAGACUUCGUCAGCUAGCGGCGCGUGCAGUGGUGACCGUGUACAAGGCCAUGAUGUUGGGCAUGACAGAGACCGUGAGCAAGCUCUUGGAGGAAUGCAAGUCCUCUGCCAAAACGAAGAAGAAGGCCAAGGCUAAGGCGGCUAAGGCUUUGCCAGCGGUGCCACCAACAGGAUGCAGCCACAGCCGCAUGAAGCGGCGCGAGAACGCAUCGGGUCGCUUCGCCACGUGCGAGAACUGCCUCGCCAGGUGGAAGUGGGACGAAAAUGGUCUUGGGUGGCGCUUUCAUCCGUCUUCCAAAUCCUUUGCGCUGCCCUCUCCUUCAGCGCAGACGGUGGUGGAUCACUCAUGGCCAACGAGCACAGCGUCUGCUUCAACAAGCCUGCCGGGAGCCAAGGCCAAGCGUGCUCGCCCAACCUCGAGUGGAGAAGUUUCAGGAUACCGUGGGGCAGAGGCGGAGCUGACCCAACACUACAACCUUGCAGAGAGUUUUGGACCUUUGAACAAGCCCUAUGCGCGCGCGAACAUGAAAAAGGGGCGGAUCAAGCGCGUUGUGCACCAAUGCGACAAGAGCAUAGCAUUGUUGACAAGAGAGCUUGAUGUUUACGCUGUCAGGACUGGCGACCUCAGCAACUGCUUCAAGGAACCCAAGCCUGCAGCAAUCGUCAUACACAGUGCCCAGAGACAAGAUCGUAAAGUGAGGGAAGCCAUAUUCACACGCUGCGAGCGCCAGGUGAGCAACGGCGGUAUCUUCAUUGUGGAGUACAACCUUGCGCACCACCAUGAUGAACCCGGUAUCUUGCCCUCAUUAGUGGAUCUUCCCGAUACCUGUGAAGCAUCCUUCACAAAUACGAUCUGCGACAACGUCAUAGAGCUGUCCUUCAUUACCAACAGCCGAUGCUUUCUCAAGGCUGCAGCUGGAAGCGAAGGUUUGAGUGAGAUCAGGCAACCCAAGCCUCGUUUUGAAACACCUGUACGUGUCGCCAUUUUCUUCUAUGGCUUAGCUGAGGAUGAUCCUGUGGAGAAGAAUGCAUCCAAGUCCGAUCAAACGGAUGCACAUGUGCCUGGUCUCAAAACAGACAUCAGUUUUUCUGGUAUUCCAUCUUCCAUCUCAAAAGAAGUUCGAGCAGCAGUGGCUAGACUUCACGUGAGUGCUGGACAUCCACAUCGGCAAGAGCUGGUGCGACUUCUUGCAGCGCACAGUUCAAUUAAUGCGGCAGUGUUCACAGCGCUUGAACACGUGCGCUGCGGCACAUGUGAGCGCGCCAAGAUGCCUCUCAAACCAAGACCGGCCUCGGUGCCGGAAUUCGUUGGACAAUUUGGAGAACAGCUACAGGCUGAUGUAUUCUACAUCAGAGAUCUGUCAGCCACCAACCAUGCACUAGUAGCGGUGACAUGCUUAGCAACCAAGUUCUAUCAAGCUGCAAUUUCGGCAUCACAUGAUCCACAAGUGGUGCUAAAUGAGUUUGACAGACGUUGGCUGAGACAUUUUGGCUAUCCACUGUUCAUGGCAGUUGAUGCUGAUGGGGCUUUAGAAGGGGUCUUCAUAAAACAUCUACAAGAGUCUAAUGUAAUGGUAACGGUUUCCCCAGCAGAUGCUCAUCAUCAAAUAGGUGCCAUCGAGCGGCGCAACGCCAUCUUCAGGUCCGUUGUUGAGCGCUUGCUUGAUGAGAACGGCGUCUGCAAUCAAGACCAGCUUGAUCUUUGUUUCAGCGCUGAAUUUAUGCAGUAA